UCUAUCCUUUCUUUCUCUAAAAGCCGCCGGCGAGAGAGAGAGCAAAACAAAAGAUUGGAAAAGAUGAAGACGAUUCUUUCUUCUGAGACGAUGGAUAUCCCCGACAGCGUUACCAUCAAGGUUCACGCUAAAGUGAUCGAAGUCGAAGGACCUCGCGGGAAGCUUGUUCGCGAUUUCAAGCAUCUCAACCUCGAUUUCCAGCUGAUCAAGGACCCUGAGACUGGGAAGAAGAUGCUUAAGAUCGAUUCGUGGUUUGGAUCACGCAAAACCAGCGCCUCCAUCAGAACCGCUCUUAGUCACGUUGAUAAUCUUAUCUCCGGUGUUACCAGAGGUUUCCGAUACAAGAUGAGGUUCGUGUACGCUCAUUUUCCCAUCAACGCCUCCAUUGGUGGUGAUGGCAAGUCCAUUGAGAUCCGUAAUUUCCUUGGCGAGAAGAAGGUGAGGAAGGUAGAGAUGUUGGAUGGUGUAACCAUUGUUCGAUCUGAGAAGGUCAAGGAUGAGAUUGUUCUUGAUGGUAACGAUAUCGAGCUUGUUUCAAGGUCAUGCGCUCUGAUCAACCAGAAAUGUCACGUGAAGAAGAAGGAUAUCAGGAAGUUCCUUGACGGUAUCUAUGUUAGCGAGAAAAGCAAGAUCGUAGAGGAAGAAUGAAUGCUCAUAUCCUCAUCUUAGCUCCUAUUUCUUGUUUUUUGAAUGAUAGUUUCGGUUUAUGGACCAAAUUUACCGGUGUUGCAAAACUCUGGCUAUCCCUUGUUCCUUUUUUUGUUUGAGAUUUUAUUUACUUAUGCACAAGUUUUGGAGACAAGUUUUCAUAUUCUCAUUUACCUAAUUAAAUCAUGUUAGUUUGCGAUUGUUCUGAA